AUGUUAAAUUAUUACAAUUCUCGCAACUAUUUUACUUUCACAAGAGCGCUCUUAGUAGCGCUAUGCAUUGUGUACGCGACGUCGUUGAGUCCGCUGAGUGUGACUGUAGACGACGACUGCGCGCUCUACCUAACAGGACCCGGCAGAUCUUCAGCUUAUGACUACAGCUUGAACCUACUCAAAGGAAAUUUCGCAUACGACGGGCAACACACCUGUAUAACAUACGAAGCCAUUAAUCAAGCCUAUCUAGAUGCCAGGAACAGAAUUCUGGUAUCACAGCCAAAGGGUGAUUGGAAAGCUGAAGACUUUGCCAGCGUUGGAGAGCUUAUUCUCGACAUUUCUACUAGUUUAGCGCGCACAUAUGGCUUAACAUACGAAGAAAUAGAAAAGGGUCUACCCCUCAUAGACACUUCCCGUACACUUAUCCGAGAGGUGUGUCCGCCAGUUUUCUCACAUGUAGAGUGCCGAGCAGGAAAAUACCGCCGUCUUGAUGGACUUUGCAAUAACCUGAGACAUCCUACAUGGGGAGCGACUAUGGUACCUUUCCAAAGAUUAAUCGGUCCACUAUUCGCGGACGGUAUCAAUGCGCCGAGAAUAUCGCACACCGGUCGCGACCUGCCUCUGUCCCGAGUGGUCUCGCGUACGAUGCACCCCGAUGAAGGUUUCCAUGACCAUGCUGGUACGGUCAUGGUCAUAGCCUGGGGUCAAUUUAUGGAUCACGACUACACUCUUACUGGAACUCCGCUAGACCCAAUCCACCGCAACGACCCAGAGGAAUGUUGCAAGCGUCCCCCUCACCUCAAGCACCCAUACUGCAAUGAGAUUCGAGUACCCGACGAUGACUACUUCUACAGGCUGUUUGGUGUCAAGUGUAUAGACUUUGUUCGAGGAUUCCCCUCACCACGUCCCGGAUGCCGUCUAGGUUCUCGAGUGCCUUUUAACACGUUAACAGGAGCUAUUGACGGAAACACUGUCUACGGCGUUACAGAGAAAUUCUCAAGAAAGCUACGAACUGGUUACGGUGGACUUUUACGGAUGAAUCCUGUGUUCAAGGAAUAUGGACUAAAAGAUCUUCUCCCUCUUAAAUUGGAUAUUCCUGACGAAGGGUGCACGAGACCUAACAAAAAUAUGUAUUGUUUUGAAGCUGGUGAGAUCCGAGUAAAUGAGCAGCUAGUACUGACAGUGAUGCACACGCUGAUGGCGCGCGAACACAACCGGGUGGCGACCGCGCUCGCCGCCGUCAACCCGCACUGGGAUGACGAGACCCUGUUCCAAGAGGCGAGGAGGAUCAAUAUCGCUGAAAUACAACAUAUAACCUACAAUGAAUUCUUGCCCAUUCUACUUGGUAAAGAUGUUAUGGAGAAAUUUGGUCUGGUGCUAGAAAAGGAGGGUUACUGGGACGGAUAUGAUCCCGAAGUAAAUCCCGAUGUGAUAGCAUCUUUCGCAGCAGCCGCUUAUCGUUUUGGACAUUCACUUUUACCCACUGCCGUGGAAAGAUGGUCUAAAGCUCAUAAAUUUAUUGCAUCAAAGAGGUUAUCCGAUCUUAUAAGAAGACCGUACGAUUUGUACAGAGCUGGUGUUUUAGAUGAGUAUGUUAUGGGUUUAAUGAACCAAGUCGCUCAAGCUAUGGACGAUUCUAUCACUCAAGAAGUGACGAACCAUCUCUUUAAGAAAGUUGGCGCACGAUUUGGAAUGGAUUUGGUUUCUUUCAACAUGCAACGAGGUCGAGAGUUCGGUCUGCCAGGAUAUAUGGAGUUCAGGAAGUUCUGUGGACUUUCUGGAGCUGACUCUUUCCAAGAUUUGUUCGGAUCUAUGGCAAAUGAAACUAUUCAGAAAUACGAAUCCAUUUUCGAACAUCCUAUUGAUGUCGAUUUAUGGUCAGGUGGAGUUUCAGAGAGACCUCUUCCUGGUUCUAUGUUAGGGCCUACCUUCGCUUGCAUCAUCGCCACCCAGUUCUCUUAUUCGAGACGAGGUGAUAGAUUCUGGUUCGAAUUACCAAACCAACCAUCUUCCUUCACACCGGAACAGUUAGUAGAGGUCAGGAAAGCGCGACUUGCUCGUGUUAUUUGCGACAACACCGACAUCAUCGAUACGGUGCAACUUUACCCCAUGGUGUUGCCCGAUCAUGAAUUAAAUCCUCGAGUACCGUGCAGAAGUGGCAUUAUUCCAUCAAUGGACUUUAGUAAAUGGGCUGAACCAACACCUUUCGUAGCAUCGAAGGAAUACGUAAGUAGUUUCUCGUACAACCCCUACCACGGAAAG